AUUCUAGGUUUGGAUUGGUUCAGCCCACUGGGUCUCUCAAUACAUGGAAUUCAUUCCAUGACAGACACUUCUGCUGAUGUGGCAUUAGUUUUGUCAGAUUACGCUGACAUUUUUGAUGGCCAGCUGGGCCGGUACAAGGGUAACCCUAUCUCUCUCAACUUGGAUCCCCAGGUUGCUCCCAUCAGACUGAAGGCCCGCAGGGUGCCUUUUGCUUUAAGGCCCAAGGUUGAAGCCGAGCUCGACAAGCUCGUGGCACAGGGCAUACUGGAGCCAGUCGACCAUUCACCGUGGGAGACCCCAAUUGUCAUUCCAGUGAAGCCCGACGGCUCCAUUAGGGUCUGUGCCGACUACAAAUCCACCAUCAACCUCGCCUUGCAAGCAAACCCAUAUCCAGUCCCUGUUGUACAACAUCUGCUCCAUUCCCUGGGGCAGGGUUGUAUUUUUGCCAAACUGGAUAUGGCGCAAGCCUACCAGCAGCUUCCUGUGGAUGACGAUGCGGCGGCUGCCCAAACCAUCGUCACCCACCGGGGGGCUUUCCGUUGUCGCCGCCUACAAUUUGGCGUAUCCAUUGCCCCGGGGAUUUUCCAGAGUCUCAUGGAGCGGUUGCUCCAUGGGCUUCCAGGAGUGGUACCAUAUUUUGAUGACGUCCUGAUCCCACUCCUUGGGCUUUUGGCAGGUGAUAAGCCGACCCCUCCUAUUCUAUCCCCAAGAAUGACACGAUGGACGGAAUUCUUAGCGGCGUACUCCUACGCCUUACGAUACCGUCCAGGCAAGCAGAUAGGGCAUGCAGAUGCCCUGAGUCGCUGCCCACUUCCAUUGAAGGAAGUUAAACCAGUUCCUUGCCUUUCAGUUUUGGCAAUUGCAGAGCUAGAAUUGCCUUUGUCUGCUACAGACAUAGCAGCCCACUCUCGGUCUGACCCUACUUUGGCAAAACUUCUUAAUUGGGUCCUGAGAGGUUGGCCUUCUGGUACAUUACCACCUCAAUUCAAACAUUUUAAAAACAGACAAGCAGAGCUUUCAAUUCAUUCCGGCUGCCUGUUGUGGGGCGACCGUGUGGUCAUCCCAACGGUCCUGCAACAACAGAUUUUGCAACGCCUUCAUGAAAGUCAUCCUGGGGUCAGUAGAAUGAAAGCUCUUGCUCGCAGUUUUGUUUGGUGGCCAGGGUUAGAUGCCGACAUUGAAGACUGGGUUGCCAAAUGUGAGACAUGCCAACAGUCCCGGCCUUCUCCUCCUUCCUCUCCCUCCCGGGAAUGGGAGAUGCCUCGAGGGCCUUGGUCUAGGUUACAUAUUGAUUUCGCUGGUCCAUUCCAUGGGCAGGUUUUCCUUAUAGUUGUGGAUGCGUACUCUCGAUGGGUGGAAGUAUUGCUAAUGCACUCCACCACAUCUGACAGCACGGUGCGAGCUUUGCGACGGUUGUUCGCAACCCAUGGGUUGCCAGACACAGUGGUGUCUGACAACGGCCCGCAAUUUACAGCCACAACUUUUCAAACUUUCCUGGCCGAACUAGGGAUACGACAUGCGCUGGUUGCCCCUUACCACCCGGCAAGCAAUGGCCGAGCAGAAAGGGCGGUUAGAUCGGCCAAGGAGGCUUUGGGCCGGCUCAGGCGCCUGCGGACCACCCUGGAUAGAUUGAAUCUUGAUGAGGCUCUAUUAGGGCAGUUAGUAUGUGGAGUAAAGGACUUACGGCUCCAAAGACAUUUAUUAGCCCGUUCUGAGCUUAUUUUACAAAUCGCUAUGAAUGAAGCUAGAGCAGCAGAACAGUCUGACAGAUCUGCCACUGAAAUUCAGAGGUACCAGGCUUCCCAUAUCCAAGACUUUUCUUUGGUGGUAGUCAAUCACCAUUGUGAUGGGGACAGAAGCAUGAUGGGAGACAAUGAUGAUAUCAGUCGCCUCAGAGCACUCCAAGGGGAUAAGUAG